CAUGACCUGAGCUGAAACUAAGAGUGGGUCACUUAACUGACUCUGCCACCCAGGGGUCCCUAAGACUUAAGGAAGUCAGAAGAGAAGAAUUGCCAAGGGUUCCUGGUCUGUAGAAACUUGUUGCAACCAACCUGAGUUGUGAGAAGGAAGAAACAAGGCCUUGCUAAGGCAUGACCAAAAUGGAAAGCCUAUUAAAAUAAUCAUUUGGAGUCGUGUGCACUGAAGACAAUAAAGUGCAGCCAUCCUACCAGAGAAUGUCAGCCAAGCCCAAGGGGACCCCCUCCUCGUCCUCUCCAGCCGAGGGGCCGCCGGCAGCCUCCAAAACCAAGGUGAAGGAACAGAUCAAGAUCAUCGUGGAGGACCUGGAACUAGUGCUGGGCGACCUGAAAGACGUGGCCAAGGAACUUAAAGAGGUGGUUGACCAGAUUGAUACCCUGACCUCUGACCUACAGCUGGAGGAUGAGAUGACCGACAGCUCCAAAACGGACACCCUGAAUAGUAGCUCAAGCGGCACCACAGCCUCCAGCAUAGAGAAGAUCAAAGUGCAGGCCAACGCACCCCUCAUUAAACCCCCCGCCCACCCGUCUGCCAUCCUCACGGUCCUGAGAAAGCCAAACCCCCCGCCGCCGCCCCCGCGGUUGACACCUGUGAAGUGUGAAGACGCCCAAAGAGUGGUGCCGACUGUCAAUCCCGUGAAGACUAAUGGCACCCUUCUGCGAAACGGAGGCUUACCCUUAGCACCGAACAAAAUUCCAAACGGAGACAUCUGCUGCAUCCCCACUGGUGGCUUGGACAAGGCUCCAAUGCAGCCUCUGAUGCACAGACCUGAAAAAGACAGGUGUCCCCAGGCAGGGUCCCGGGAACGGGUUCGGUUUAAUGAGAAAGUGCAGUACCAUGGCUAUUGUCCCGACUGUGAUGCCCGGUAUAAUGUAAAAAACAGGGAGGUCCAUUUACACCGCGAACCUGUCCACCCACCGGGAAAGCUCCCGCACCCCGGCCCUCCCCUCCCUCCUCCACCCCACCUCCCUCCUUUUCCGCUGGAAAACGGGGGACUGGGAAUAAGCCACAGUAACAGCUUCCCCCCUCUCAGACCUGCAACUGUGCCUCCUCCCACUGCACCAAAACCACAGAAGACCAUCUUGAGGAAAUCGACCACUACAACAGUGUGAUGUAUGCCAUUUCCAAAACCUUUUCAUUGAUUUUUGGUUUUUUUUAAUUUCUAUAUUAUAAACAUAAAAUAAUAAGUAAUGAGCACUUUCUACUCAAGCAAUAAAAAAAUCCCAAAUAUAUUAAUCCUGCAUUCAGCAAAGUGGCAUAAAAACCACCUGGUAAGUAUGCAGUAUAUUGUUUAUAUGCCGGGUAAUGCGGUAUUUAACAAGUUGUGUCAUCAGAAACCACAGAACCAUGAAAAAGCUGCCUAUGUUGUUGUUUUUUUUUUUUUUUCAACUGACCUAGGAUAAAGUGACCUGUAGAUUUCAAAUAGUUUGAUUUACUUUCACAGACGGGAUUAGAUUCAUUUUAUUCAUGCCUAACUCAUCUAUGCAUUAAUAACAUGUCAUCCUUCUCACUUUGACCAGAUGCUUUUUAAGGAAGAAAUUUUAAUACUGAAGGACUAUUUUAUUAUUUUUUCUAAAGAUGUUUGUCACUAGUUUUACAUCAUGAAAUGCCAAGAACAAUACCAGAAAGUUUAUUUUCUAUACUAUACAAUUAUGAUUCUAUGUUCAGCUAUAUAUGUAAUGAAAGAUUUUGUCUGUGGAAAUAUCAUAUGUCAAUAAACAACAGUACAUAAUGGCAAAAGCAAAUGUUCCUCAGAACUAAAAUGCAGCAGUGCUUCUUCAUUUAAUCCCAUGUUAAUAGUCAUCAAAAUGGAUAGCUACUCUGACAGAGUUUGAAGAUUACAGUGAGUAUAUGGCAGACUUUUCCAAAUUAAACAUCCUAAUCAGAUCAUAAAUAGUGCUUUACACAUUUUCAUAUUAUGUAUUGUGGUACCCCACCCCAAGACCCUAUAUUAAGUGUCUCAUUGACGCAAUAUAUGGCCAAGCCCUUUAGGUCCUCCUCACACUCAGCAUCCCUCCUGGACACACCAUAAACCAGGACAUUAAAGCAGUGGGAUGAUUUGCCCCCUGCAUCAGCAAGUCCUCUGCCUCCCCAAGGGAAUCCCUAUUUAUAAGAGAAUCCCAGCAGAAAAUAAAGAUGCUUCUGGAAUAGAAUGUUUUAAGUACCAGCCUUAAUGUUGUUUCCCCUCACAGUUGAAGCAUCCCAGGGGUCCUUGUCAUUUAUAGAAGGAAGAGGAGAAAUCCUUUCCUCCUGACAUCUUACAAAGGGCCUUCUCUUAAGCCUAACUUGCUGACUUAUGUCAAUUACCCACCCAUGGAUCAAGUUCACUUCCCAACUACUAUGCUUUGGAAUGAUUGGAUAUUUUGCCCUGGAACUAGAAAUUAGUUUAUCUGUCCUAGAAUCAUGAUUGACAGGUGCACACCUGAACAAAAGUUGUCCAUUAAGUGGCAAGAGUAGAGGGAGUUAUCUUUGGUGAAAUUGGUUUAUUGUGCAGCAUAAUAAAGAAUACUGUAAUCUUUUGGAC